GUCCAAGGAAGGUCGUUUGUCUCAGUGAUUAAGCGCUAGGUGUCUGUGAACCGAAGCCCAGCAAAGCUGAGACUGCCGAAUUAUCGCUUCAGUAACCGAUGAACAGUUCUGGGCAAAAAUAAGCCCACCAAGCACCCUCACGCAUUUGCUGCGACACCGGAAGAAGCUAAUCGCUGGGCAGCCUGGGCUGCGUGUGUGCAUGCGCAAGCGCCAGCACCAGGACGUGGCUCCGCCCCGCAGCCUGUGCGAGCUGCCGUGUGGCCCAACGCGCCAGGCACCAUGCGUUUGGAAGCAAUUCGCUACUCGCCCGGCUCGCUGCAGAUCCUCGACCAGCUGCAGCUGCCUGAGCAUUGCCGCUACGAGGCACUGACUUCGGUGCAGCAGGCCAGGGAUGCCAUCCGCGCCAUGAAGGUGCGCGGCGCCCCCGCCAUCGCGCUGGUGGGCUGCCUCAGCCUGGCGGUGGAGCUGCGGGCUGGCGCCGGCGGUCCCGGACUUACAGCUCUGGUGGCCUUCGUGCAAGAUCAACUGCGCCUCCUCGUCGCCGCCAGGCCCACUGCUGUCAACAUGGCCCGUGCCGCCCGCGAUCUGGCUCGCGUGGCAGCUCGGGAGGCGGAGCGGGAAGGCGCCACCGAGGAGACGGUGCGGGAAAGAGUCAUCCGCUUCGCUGAGGAUAUGUUGGAGAAAGACCUCAAAGAUAACCGGAACAUCGGGGACUUGGGAGCCCGCCACCUCCUGGAGCACACCAACCCCAGGGGUGGCAAGGUGACUGUGCUGACACACUGUAACACUGGCGCUCUGGCUACUGCUGGCUAUGGUACAGCCCUAGGUGUGAUCCGCUCCCUACAUGAGAUGGGCCGACUGGAGCAUGCCUUCUGCACAGAGACCCGGCCCUACAACCAGGGAGCCCGGCUGACAGCCUUCGAGCUGGUGUAUGAGCAGAUCCCUGCUACUCUCAUCACGGACAGCAUGGCUGCUGCCGCCAUGGCGCACCAGGGUGUGUCAGCUGUGGUAGUGGGAGCUGACCGUGUCGUUGCCAAUGGAGACACAGCCAACAAAAUAGGCACGUACCAGCUGGCCAUUGUCGCCAAGCACCACGGCAUCCCCUUCUACGUGGCUGCCCCCAGCUCAUCCUGUGACCUCCAUCUGGAGACUGGCAAGGAGAUUGUCAUAGAGGAGCGCCCUAGCCAGGAGCUGACUGACCUGAAUGGAAUCAGGAUUGCGGCACCGGGAAUCCGGGUUUGGAAUCCUGCCUUUGAUGUCACCCCCCAUGAACUCAUCACUGGUGGUAUCAUCACUGAGCUGGGUGUCUUUGCCCCUGAGGAGCUCCAAGCAGCCCUAAGUGCCUUCUCAGAGGGACAGACCCUAGAUAGUCCCCAGAUGUGACUCCCCAACCUUCCCUGGUUCCUCUGAUUUUGUAAUAAAGUUUUCAAAUGGC